AGGGUUUCCGCGCUCGCCGCGUUGGCAUCAUCAGCGUCUGCAUUCAAUUGCACGCGGGAAUUCCUCCAAGAGACAGUGGAUAAAUAUGUGUUCAUGCAACAAGCUGGGCAUCAUUCGGACUUCGACAACCUGUCUUACAACCUCACGUAUCUGGAAAAUAAUAAGACUGCAUCAAUACUCGGACCCGGACUUCCGGCUUACCCGCAGGUCAUGGACCAUGUCCGCAACACCCUCGACGUUGGGGCCUGUCGAACAUUCACUGAGUUCAUUGUGACGAACCCAGAGCAUCCAUACGUUGUGCACACUCAAAUGAGCAUCGACGACGAGGGGAGCGUGAGCUUGAUUGACAGCAUUGUGACGGACAAAGGCGACUGGGCAUUCAACGCUACUGGCUAUCUCUACUGGAACAGUCAGGAGAAGUGGGAUCCGAUACCCGAAGACAAAAGGUUGUCGCGCGACAAGUUGAAAGCUGCCGCAGACGCGUAUGCCGAUCGCUGCAACGACGUGACGGUCCAAGUACCUUUCGGUACACCAUGUGCGCGUCUAGAGGGAGGCGCAUAUACCGGACGAGGCAAUCUAUCCGCGAAUACUUGCGACAUUGGUGGACUUCCCGAGCAUGUCCCGUUGACAAACCGCCGGUACGUGGUCGACGAAGUGACGGGAACGGUGGACAUCUUCCUUGGCUUCACGGGACUUGAUCGCACAAGGCCGACUGAGGGCACACCUGAUUCACACCUUUUCAGGAUUGAGGACGGGAAGAUUCGCUAUAUUCAUACGGUCAGCGCAUGCUUUGUCGAUGGCUGCGGGAUGAACGGUACCGGGCUGGUACCGGGCAUUGGAAGGAGAUUCUAAACCUAUGUUCUAUCAUUGAUUGCUGUGUAAAUAAUCUGUUGUCAACUAGAUAGUUACGUGUCUAGCCAGUUGUGUCUUCAGUACUACAACAUAACUAGGGUUUGCCAUUGCAAACACUUCACAAACUUGCGCAGAAGCAGCAUCGAUAUCGUUUUCGCAAUGAAUAAAUG